AUGGAUUUCCUCGAUGUAUCCCUAGGUAUGGAUGAGGAUAGUUUUAUCUACUCUAAUGUGUAUCGUAAAAUAACAUCAACUAACCCAUUACUUUAUGCAUCUUCUUCCCAUCUGAAGUCACUGAUCUCUAACAUCCCUAUAGGUCAGUUCCUCAGAAUGAGGAGAAUCUGUUCAACCGAAAAUUUCUUUAAAGAACAAGCCAAAGACCUUGAAUGCCGCUUUCAGGAGAGAGGAUAUAGGAGAGUGGAUAUCCAAAGGGGAUAUGCAAGAGCUAAAUCAACGCCAAGACCUACACUCCUCACCCAGAAGAAGAAACAAAAUCUGGAUGCACAGGACAACACAUGGAAAGCAGGUCUAGAGCAGACACAACUACCGGAGAGGAAACCAGACUGGUCGAAAUUAAGCUUUUUACAAGCUGACCAAAUGAAAAAGGCACAAUUAAUGUACCUAACAGGAGCAAUAUUCUUGGUUAUGACUCCAGAAAGUCUGCAGAUUUUGGUAAGAGAUUCUUCAGAUGAAACCAGGUGGCAAGAAUACCAGGCCCAGGUGUUCACAUCAAACAUUAAGCGGCACUCUGAAGGGACCUUCUCCAGUGACCUGACAAGAUACCUGGACAAGAUGAAAGCAAAGGACUUUGUGCAGUGGCUGAUGAACAAAAAACGAUUCAGUGAUAGCAAAAGGUACAUUGAUGAUGACAUAAAGCCUCCAAAGCUCAAGUCAGAUGCUUCAUUUUUUGGACACAACUACUAUAUGCGCAUCAGUCAAGAGAUAGUGGUGAAGCUCCCCGGCGUCGGCCUGGAGGGAUCUCCAGCCAAUUAUAGCAGUGAUGAGGGGUAGAGGAAAAAAAAUGGACUUCCAG